AUGUUGCAAGCAGUAUUGGUUCUUUUAUCGUUCAUAUUUUUCUACCCUGAGAGUGCUGGACUCGAGCCAAUACCUGAGAGUCAACUAAAUCCAUUAAUGAAAUCUCCAUUCUCCAAGUCACCAGAUUUCUCCAAAAAUAUCAACUACAUCGAAGCCAAAGCGGGAGAGAACAAAACCCUAUCGUGCUCAAGAAAUUCAAAGUGGAAAUUCCCAAAUGACAGCAACGCAGAUCUUGCUGGCUACGAUUUUGAUGAUUUUGGCCAAAGACACGGCAUUGUAGAGACCAAUGAGAGCUCCUUGUUGGAUAUUUGGGAUUUGAGACAGACGGAUACUGGAUUGUACCAAUUUACCAACAUGAAACUUAUUGUGAACGGCGAGGAAUGGACUGGAUUUUGCUUUGAUAUCUCUGACAACUCAACACAGAAAAUACGAAUCAUAAAUCAAAAAGACUUCAAUUAUGUCGGCAAUCCAAAUUGCACGCAAAUAUUCAAAUACUAUGAUCCAAGAGUUGGUUUUGAUUUUGGUCCGAUAGCUGAUCAGUUGCCCUGGAAGCAGUCUGGCUUCGAUAGAGGUAUAUUACUUGGAGAUCCAUCUCCAAACGGAUGUGUUUAUCAAAAUGAGGAGAUCAUUAUUGAGCUGAAGGUUUUAAUGGCGAUUCCCUUCAAGAGUGGCACACCGCAAAUGUUAAUCGGUGGCACAUUGGUGAACUGCUCCAUUUCCCACACAUUUUACGCUGAAGAAGAUCGACUACUCUUUUAUUGUAAAAACUGUUCUUCGCAGGAUCCUGAUUUUAUUGAUCAAUUGCUUAAACGACUGAAAAACAAUAGAACACUGGAAGAUAUUGAUGCUUUCCAUAAAUCACAAUCGAAAAAUGGCUCGUCAGUAUUCUGCGAUUGCAACAAUUCAAUUUUGCCCGGUACUGAAGUAGAGAUGACCUCCCUUAAAAGUAACGAAGAGGUUUUUGAAGUUCGGCGAUCAUUCAUAGGCUAUGGAGCCUAUGGACAAGUCUUUCUAUUAGAUGGCUAUGAUGAGCCAGCCGUGGAAAAGUGCUUGAUGUCUAAAAAUCUUCAACAUCUCACUCGUUUCAAGCAAGAAUUCGAAGAUUUUGCAAAAGAAUUAUUGGAACGAAAUCGACCAUCUCGAUUGUUGUGUCAAGAUCUAUGUGAGGAAGGAGACUUUGUUCGAAGCAAG